CCAGCAUCUCUCCUACGCAGCUGUCCCCGUGUCCCAAUAACGCACGCUUGAGCGUCGCGGGUGCACGGGAGUUCAUCUCCUGAACCGCAUCCGGGACGUGUAUUAAACCUACUAUCCAUCCGCUGCUCCCCAUCGCUUUCAACCAUGGUUCUAGUCGGCGACAAGAAGUAUGCUUGCGAAACCUGCAUUAAAGGCCACCGCUCGUCGAACUGCAAACACGUCGACCGCCCCCUAUAUGAGAUCAAGAAGAAAGGUCGCCCUGUCACUCAGUGCGAUCACUGCCGCGAGUUAAGGAAGACAAAACAAGUUCAUGUCAAAUGCAUCUGUGAAGUAAAGCAAACCGAGGUGGAUAUAGAAGCCACCCUACCCUCUACUGCCACAAGCGCAAAGAAAGGCGGCAAGAAGGUACCGACGAGCCCUGCGUUUCCCGGUGGCUUACCAGAGACUCUGGAAGCGUCGGUGACGUUGAAGCUGCUGUCGGAGAGCUCGGACUCGGAGCAUGAAAUGCAUGCGUCCACUUGUACGUGCAAAACGAUUGGCGUAUGCAGCUGCUUUGUCCCUCGCGCUGCGGCGAGUCGGUCUAAGAAGACGAACAAAACUCGUGCUCCCGUCGAAGCUCUUGACGACGAGCCUGUGAUGACACAGCCUGCCGCUCUGGUCGCCAGCGCGAACAGUGGGCGAAACCGUCCGGUACUACCGCGCCCGGCUCCCUCACCACACAGUCGAUCUUCUCCCCCGCGCUCCGUUCAAAACCCUACUGGGGUACAUCAUCAGCGUUCACAGGCGCAUUUCAGUCCCUACGAACGCGCGUACGAAUACGCACACGGCUCGGAUGUCGGGGCGGAACUCUCGAUGCCUUUCUCACAGCCUUCCGGCGAACAGUACCAGGAAAAUCCUACUCGUGACCUUGAUCCCCGUUCUCUUCUCAACCUCCCUCGAAACCCCAAUACCGACGAGUUUACAGCCUUCAUGAAUUCCUGGGUCGCAAACGUUCAGCCCUCGCUUCAACCUUCUGACGUGCCUUCCGUCGCCUGCGACUGCGGGCCGAAUUGCGCCUGUCCUGGGUGCAUUAUUCAUCGAGGCCCGUCAGCAGCCCCUCAAAGCUUCGAGUCGUGUGUCAACCCAUCGACUUGUUCGUCGUGCAUGGACUGCACCAUGCUUACCGCUAUCGAUAGCGCUCCCGUCUUUGAGGAGUGGUUCCGCCGAAUGAGCGCGGCCGACGGUGCUUCUGACAACUCCAACACCCUGCUGCCUAACUCCACCUCUUCCCCUCCUCCUCAGUUUGACCCGACUUCCGAGCGGCACAAUCCCCAGUCGCAGCACUUCGACCCGACCGUGUGGCAGUCCUACGCCUUGUGGCCCAAUCUUCAACAUCAGUUCUCCGGUCCGCCACCUCUUGAGGAUGGAGCCAGCAUGUGUUGCGCCAGUCAAUGCAAAUGUCCACCUAAGAUGUGCGCUUGUCCUGCGGAGUGCUGUUCCGGAUGCGGCUGCUCGACAUGUAGUCACGAAAGCCGAUCGACGGGCACGAGCAAUGGGAAGACGCUCACUUUCGCUGUCUCGGGGGAAAGAGCUCCUUGCUGCAGCAGGGAAAGACAGAACAUGUCACCCAGCUACAAUCAGCAGGCUGAACCUCCCAGUGCGGGAACAUCCUCGCGGAGCCCAGGCGAGGUUAACUUCAAUGCUAGCCAUAGUCUGGACCUUCGUGGCGUCUACGAGGAGUGGAGUGGCCCUGAUGCGUCGAACAUGGAAGUCCCACGCGUGUCCCUCAGUCGCGCCUCAUCAAGCUCUUCGCGUUCUUCCAGCCAGCGCUCGCAUCGUUCAUCCUCCCAAGGCUUUACUCCUUCACCCACUGCCCUCACUCCGGACGGUGGCGUUGGGGCGUGCUGCACAUCCAUGCAGACCCUCAGCACUUCACGCCCAGAGUCACAUCAUUCCAGCUCUAACGCCAACUCUCCAAUACCCCCGUCGUACUCGCCGUCUCACCUCGAGCAGUUUUCUGGUGCACCGUUUGAUAUCGACGAUGGCAGUCCACGGAUAUUUUAAUGUAAUCUUGGUAUCGCUUGCUAUGGCAUGUACUCCUUUCUUGCCUGUAUUUUGUACCACGUAUUUCGUACCGUCUCUACUUAUAUUUGGCCGAAUCGGGCCAGUACUUCUUAGCCUUGCGUUGUCUGCUAUUCUAUCUAGGCACUAGUAGUGCUUUGGUGAUCC